AUGGAGGCGGUAGAGGAGAAGAUGAUGAUGGGCCAAGUCCAAGAUCAUGAUGUACAUGUGAGGCUGUUUGAGUUAGAAGAUAUUUUGAUUAAUGUGCUAUCGAAGCUACCCGUGAAAAUGCUGUUGAGAUUCAGGUGCGUAUGUAAACGAUGGCGUUAUCUCAUCUCUGAUGAUCCUUAUCUCUCUCAACUCCACUACUCUCACCAAUCCAAAUCCAAAUCCGAACAAUCUCUUCUCUUCCACUCCUUAACUGUACCCGAUCCAACGGUUUGGGAUCCUUACCUACAAUCCAUGGACACGAAAGGGAAUCGGAUAAGCAGAUUUGAGUUCAAGUUUAAGCAGGUUAUCCCCACAGUGUUACCUACUCGUUUCGAUAUGGUUUGCAUUAAUGACGGUAAUAAGGCUGUUCAUAUUUGUAAUCCUGCCACACAUGAAGUCCUAACAUUGCCGGAACCCCUUCGUAAGGCUUUUGUGAGUUUCGGAUACGUUCACUCAACUUACGAGUAUAAAGUAGUUCGUUUGGUUCCCCCUGAUUACGGCAUUGGACGAAAUCGAUUCCGUGUUGAUGAGGCUACUUCAUUCAGGACCAAAUGUCAAGUCUUCACCUUGGGAAUGAAAAGAAAGGUCUCUACUACUUCUUCUUCUUCUUCUUCUUCUUCUUCUUGGGCUUGGAGAGACGUGAUGGAUUCUCCAUACCCUGUCAGCUAUUCAAGUCGCCCAGCUUUUGUUAACGGAGCCAUCCACUGGCUGGUCAACUGUGGUCAUAUGAUGGACCCUAAUAAUACAAUCAUCGCAUUUGAUGUUGAGAGAGAAGUAUUCAGAUUAGUCCCACAUCCUAAAGGUUGUCCUGAUCCUAGGUCUCUAAAAUGGGGUGAUCUCCAAUUGGUGGAGUUGAAAGGGUUGCUAUGCCUUUCAUGUGCUAAUCAUAAACUUUCCAAAAUGGACAUAUGGAUGUUCAAAGACUACCACUAUGAGAGUGGUAAUGAUCGUAUAAGUGGUACAUGGGUGAAAGAAUAUAGUAUUGAUUUGAAUGUCUUGCCCUGUAGCUACAGAAAGAAAAGCAUUUUUGACUAUUAUGUACCUAGAGACAUUGUAGAGGAUACAAAGGUGCUAAUUGAGACACAUAUGAAGGGUUUAGGGUAUUACCAUCUCCAAAACAAAAGUUUCGAGGGACUUAUGCAUAGUAGUGAAAUGCCAUUUCAACAAUUCAGUUUCUACUUGGAGAGUUUGCGUUCGCCAAAACAAACAAUUAGCCCGUCUGGAAAGCCAUCCGUUCAAAACAGUGGUAAAAACAUGGAUAAUCCCUCUGGUGUUGAAAGUCAAGCUGCCAAGAGACUGAAGCUAGAAGAGGACCACCUACGAAGCUGCUUCAAUGUUUUCCAUGCAAAACAGAAUAGUAAUUCCCCUUCCAUAGGUAGCGACAAGGUGACUUUUAACAUUUGUUAG